CAGUAUUUGUAUAAAUUACUAAUUAGCGAUGGAGAUUUAAAUCAAUCAAUAGUACAAAUAAAUGACGGGUGAUUAAAUAGGUUGCAGUCGAUCGUAGGUAUCCGCCAUUGGUAAAAUAUGUUUCCAUGCAUCAAUAACUGUGUAAAAAUAUGGAAAAAAAAGUGGCAGACCGGCCAAUUGUCAAAUCUGUACAAGGCGGCAAAGUUUCCUAUACUUUGUUUGAAAACAGAUCAACGUGUGUAGCGAGUAUUUACUGGCAUAAUUUUGAGGGAGAGAAAAUAAAAUACGCUGAUAUUGAACCUAAGAGUACGUGCAGUAUGAAGACAUACGAAGAACAUCCAUGGUCGGCCGAAGACCCAACGACAGGAAAGAUCCUAUUGAUUGAUAAAGAACGUGUGUUCUAUCCUAGAUACAAUCCAACGACACACGAAAGAGUAUAUAUCGAUAAUCCACUAUUCCACGUGACACACAAAGAAAAAGAUAAAGAAGAUCAAAAUAAAGGAAUCAGGUCAUUUAGAGAAGCAAAAGGUUGUCCAGCAUGGGUUCGAAGGAAACUUAGAAACUGAUUGAAGAACUUGAUGAUAGCAAGUUAUUUGUAUGGAAACUUCAACACAAUGAUCAAGGACAGAAUCUCUCUCUCUCGAAGUAAACGUUCAAUACUCAAGUCUGACAGUCAGAGGUGUUUUAGUGUUGCCUCCAGCUAGUAAAAACUGAGAUUUACAUUUUCAUAUUUUUUUUUAUCAAAUAUAUAUGUGAUGUCCCUAACUUUUAAAACACAAGAAUCUCAUGCUUUUAUCAUAUCGUAUGUUGCAAUAUUUUAUGUUGUUAUUAUUCUGUGUUAAAAA